AAAGGUACCUAAAGCCAUUUACGGACGCAUUAAUUUAAGCCGCUCUCUGUGGCGGCUCGCAGACAGGAAGAGCAUGGAUAGAGAGGAAUUUGCUCUGACUGGUGCGUUGAGGGGAUUUGCAGAGCUGGGGAUGUUCUCCCGUGGAAACUAAACUAAGGACUAAAGCGCUGUUAGCCCUGCACUAACAGCUCGCCAUUUCUCCUCAAGACCUCCUCUGGUUGUUGAUUCACCAUUCUAACGAGGAUAUAAGUUUUCCAUUCAGCCAUGGGGAAAGAGGAGUGCAAAACAAUGCUGGACGCUUUGAACAAAGUGACCGCCUGCUACAGGCAUCUGGUCAUCGCCCUGGGAAGCACCUCGGACUCCCAGAACCUGCGAGAGGAGCUGCAGAGGACCCGCAAGAAGGCCCAGGAGCUGGCCGUGGCCAACAGGACUAAACUGACUUCUGUGCUCAAAGACAAGUCCAUCUCCAAAGAGGACCGGGCCGAGUACGAGCGCCUAUGGGUGCUGUUCUCCAGCAGCAUGGAGCUCCUGGAGGUGGACAUGAAAAGGUCCCUGGAGAUAGGGCAGGACUUCCCCAUCAAGGUGCCGACGAGGCACUUCAUCCAGACGGGCAUGACCGGCAGCACCACCACGGUGGCGGCGCGGGCCAUGAGCGUGCAGAACAUGAAGUACGAGGCGGACAGCAACAUCGACACGGCGGACCUGCGGGAACUGCGCUCCGAGAUCACCCAGGUGAGCCAGAUGAUGGAGGAGAUGGAGAUGAAGGUGCAGGUGGCGCCUUGGGCCGUGGAGGCGAAGCAGGAGGCGGGCGCCGAGCUCAAAUCCAACAUGAGCGUGGGGAAUUCCUCCGUCGGAGUCAUCUCCAUCUGCGAGGAGGAGCCCAAAGAGGAGGACGGCGGCGGCGGCAGCAGGGAUGCUGGGAUCGCCACGAUCUGCGCCGUGGUCGGAUUCUUUAUCAUCCUCUUUGUCGCUGCGGUUCUAGGAUACCUGGUCAUCAACAUGUCCUGA